AGCGGCGGCGGCGGCGGCGGCGGAGCCGGGCGGGCGGCGGGAGUCGGCGCGCCUGGUUCCUGCUCUUGGUGUCGAGGCGGUGGCGGGCGGGCGUCCGGGGAUGGCCUUCAUGGAGAAGCCGCCAGCCGGCAAGGUGCUGCUGGACGACACGGUGCCGCUGACAGCAGCCAUCGAGGCGAGCCAGAGCCUGCAGUCCCACACGGAGUAUAUCAUUCGGGUACAAAGAGGAAUUUCAGCAGAAAACAGUUGGCAGAUCGUUAGGAGAUACAGUGACUUUGAUUUGCUGAACAACAGCUUGCAGAUUGCAGGCCUCAGUCUACCUCUUCCUCCCAAAAAAUUGAUUGGUAACAUGGACCGUGAAUUCAUAGCUGAGAGGCAGAAAGGUCUGCAGAACUAUCUCAACGUUAUCACCACAAAUCAUAUCUUGUCUAAUUGCGAGCUGGUUAAGAAGUUUUUAGACCCAAACAACUACUCUGCAAACUACACUGAGAUUGCCUUACAGCAAGUUUCCAUGUUCUUCCGAUCAGAACCAAAGUGGGAGGUGGUAGAACCGUUGAAAGACAUAGGUUGGAGGAUAAGGAAGAAAUAUUUCUUGAUGAAGAUUAAAAAUCAGCCAAAGGAGCGGCUAGUGUUAAGCUGGGCUGACCUUGGUCCCGACAAGUUUCUGUCAGAUAAAGAUUUUCAGUGUCUAAUCAAACUUCUGCCUUCCUGUUCGCACCCUUAUAUCUAUCGGGUCACCUUUGCCACAGCUAACGAAUCCUCUGCAUUGCUUAUUAGGAUGUUUAAUGAAAAAGGAACUUUGAAGGACCUGAUCUACAAGGCAAAACCAAAAGACCCAUUCCUAAAGAAGUACUGCAACCCUAAGAAGAUUCAGGGCCUUGAACUCCAGCAAAUAAAAACAUACGGACGGCAAAUAUUAGAGGUACUGAAGUUUCUACAUGACAAGGGAUUCCCUUAUGGGCAUCUUCACGCCUCCAAUGUGAUGCUCGAUGGUGACACUUGCCGGCUGCUAGACCUUGAGAAUUCCUUAUUAGGCCUUCCUUCCUUCUACCGAUCCUAUUUCUCACAAUUCAGGAAAAUCAACACAUUGGAAAGCGUGGACGUCCACUGCUUUGGCCACUUACUGUAUGAAAUGACUUAUGGAAGACCGCCAGACUCAGUGCCUGUAGAUUGCUUCCCUCCUGCACCGUCUAUGGCUGUGGUGGCCGUGUUGGAGUCCACGCUGUCUUGUGAAGCCUGUAAAAAUGGCAUGCCUGCCGUCUCCCGGCUCUUACAGAUGCCAUUAUUCAGUGAUGUUUUACUAACCACUUCUGAAAAGCCACAGUUUAAGAUCCCCACAAAGUUAAAAGAGGCAUUGAGAAUCGCCAAAGAAUGUAUAGAGAAAAGACUAAUUGAAGAACAGAAACAGGAUACACUUACAUUUGUGAUGAAUUGUGGUCUCUCAAAGAUUCACCAGCAUCGAAGACUGACAAGAGCUCAGUCUCACCAUGGAUCUGAAGAAGAAAGGAAAAAGAGAAAGAUUUUAGCUCGAAAGAAGUCAAAACGAUCUGCGAUUGAGAACAGUGAAGAGCAUUCAGCAAAAUACAGCAACUCCAAUAAUUCAGCAGGAUCUGGGGCCAGCUCACCUCUCACAUCCCCGUCGUCACCGACUCCACCCUCUACAGCAGGGAUGUCUGCAUUACCUCCACCUCCUCCACCUCCGCCCCCGCCUCCACCAGCAGCAGCUCCCUUGCUUCCUGCGAGCACAGAGGCGCCUCCACAACUCCUGCCCCAGGCUGUGAAUGGUGUGAGCCGUGGAGCCUUACUCCGCUCCAUCCAGAAUUUCCAAAAGGGAACUUUGAGGAAAGCCGAAACCUGUGAUCAUAGCGCUCCUAAGAUCGGCUAAAGCUUCGUGUUUACAUUUGGAGGGAAAAGUUCUUUGUUUCUUUCCUCCCACCUCCAGCCCCUGAAGUACUCUCGUUCCGGAUGAAUGAGCCAGGACAGCCGCUUGCUGUCUUGCAGAUGCUCCUACAAGCGGCUUCUCAAGAGGGAAAUACUCAAAUAGAAUAAAGUCAGGCUGGCGUUUCUGCCUUAAGAAAUCUUUAUUUUGCUCCGUUAUUGCCAUUUUAAAGGAGUCCGGUUCAUCCUCUAAUGGGCUUCUUUCGGGGGC